CAAAGGCUGAGGCAUACCACAUAAUGGCAGACAUGUGUCAUUAUCGGGGUCAGCUCAAACAGCCCCAUGGGGGUGCUAAAAAGACAGGCCUUCUGUCCCUGGUUUUCUUAGAUGCGCACCUACUCAUGAACAUCCAAGAAGAGAAGGGGAUACCACACUCAUGUCACCCAAACAGGCAGAUCUUAAAAACAGAGCAGCCCUAACUUCAAGGUCAAUGAGAGAGGAAGCUGUCUCUGGCAUUGGAGGAGCUCAAGUGCUGGCAACGGGCAAGCCUGCUGGAACUGAGAUCGAUUUCAAAUACGCCAUCAUUGGGAUGGCUUUGGGAGUAGCUAUAUCUGCAGGUUUCCUUGCCCUGAAGAUCUGCAUGAUUCGGAGACACCUGUCUGAUAAUGACUCUGCAGACCUGAAGAACACACCCCAGGACACCAUCUUGCUGAAGAAGAAAAGCCCAAGAGAUGCCCAGGUGAUUGAGCUGUGAGCUACUAGCUACAUCAGAAGAAACUUUAGAUACUUUGAGUCUGAACAUCCAAGGUCAAUGACGGAUCAUUACUUGAACUCAGUAUAAGAGCAGGUACUAAACGGACUACCAUCGGCACCCUGUGUGUCCCAAGGGGAGCUGCCACCUCUGUUCUGCAAGGGUGUCUGCACAGGGGAAGAACACCAAUGAACAGCAGGGAAAAGGGAAACCUCAAGUCUGUAUUUCUCAACUUGGGUGCUCCAUAGGAGCUGUGUAGGCUUCUACAACAACAUUGUAUCCACAUCAAUGAAACCUCACCCCAACAUGGCUCACAGACCAAGCCAAGACAACUUCCUCCUCAGCGCUGUGGGACUAUAAGCAUUCAGGCUUAGUUUUAUACAACUUCAUGGCCUUGUACUCUGAGCUUCCAGGAGAUUCCCACUUUAAAGACAAACUGUAUAAGUAUCCUAGGGGAGCUUUGAGCUGGUGAGUCAGUGUGCAACGCUUAUUAACAUAAGAAUGACCUUCUAAGGGAACAGAGGACAGCCUAGAGUGAAGUGAGGAGAAGGAAACUGACUGCCCUGGGAAGGAGGAGAUCCAGAGAAAGCUGUGCCUCACAGAGAGCACCGGGAAGGCAGGCUCACAUCGUUUCCCACGCACAACGACUUUGUGCUGAUCGUUGCAGUGUGCAUCAUGUCUGUAUGAAAGGUUCAGGAAACCUACACCCUGCUACUCUCAUUAUCAGAAUAAAAUUCAGAGAGCAGGCUCUGGGAACAUUCCCUUGCAAUUGAAUCAUUUCUGCCUUGGAAGACAGCUUUCCCAGUCUGCAUGAAGGCAGGUGGCUGUGUGGUCUGGGUCUCCUCAGAUGGGUUACUUUUAUCAUGCUGUGAUGAAAGAGGAACUAUUUUUCAAAACGAAGUGCCGCAUUAAAAUAACGUCUGGAGUCCCAGGGUGUCUUGUCUGCCUUGAUAACAGUGUUACUCAUUAGCAGCUUCUGUUAGCUGAUCACCUGAAGCAGUUACAUGGUACUCAUAAGCAAUCUUCCGUGUGCGAGAUAGAAUAAAUCAUCUUGUACUGGAGCUAGUAA